GAGACAGGGAGAGAGGCGAGCAGGGUGAGGAGCUGGUACCGAUAGAGACUACACUCAACUUCAUUCUCUGCUUUGGCAAUGACCUCCUGCUUGUGAUACGUUCUGAGACCACAGUGCUGAAUGUACCCUGCAGACCAAGGGUUAGUCUGACACUUGGGGAGGAUCAUUAAAAUGAAGCGUAAGAAUCUUAUGGCCAAAGCUUUAUACGACAAUGCACCAGAAUCUCCUGAGGAGCUAUCUUUUCGCAAAGGGGAUAUACUGAUGGUGAUUGAACAGAACACUGGCGGGUUAGAAGGAUGGUGGCUUUGCUCACUGCAUGGACGACAGGGCAUUGCGCCUGGCAACCGCCUCAAACUUCUUGUUGGGCCAAUUUAUGACAGCUCCCCAAAUGAACCCUCUUCCUCUGUGGCAACACAGCAGUCACUUCAGCAAGGCAUCUAUCAAGUACCCCCAAGCCUGCAAGGCUCUUCUGGCUGUGGAAGUUCUUUUCGAGAUCCUAUUUACCAAGUACCCCCUUCACACCUAAGUCAGAACAUAUAUCAGGUGCCUCCCACUGCAUCAGGCCAAGCUGCACAAGGCCAUGAGAUCUAUCAAGUGCCACCAUCUAUACAGAGGAAUGCUUGGGGGGCUGAUAGUGUCCCUCCUACAAGUAAGGUUGUAACUCCUAUCAGAUGUGGACAGGGUUAUGUUUAUGACUCUCCAUCAAGACAGCAACAAAGAGUUUAUGAUAUCCCACCAGUUCGCCAUCAAGGGCUAUAUGACAUCCCUCCUUCAAUGCUAAAAGGAGCCAUGCAUCAGACACAACAGGAAGAAUUUAGAACCAAAGGAUUGUAUGACAUACCAUCUUGUAUGGGGAAGGAGAAGCAAAGUGUGUAUGAUAUUCCACCCACUUCUUGCAAGGAGGCACUUGGCAGUCAUGACAGAGAAGCUACUUAUGACUUCCCACCACCAAUGAGACACUUCACAGAUCCACUUAUAAGUCAGAAAUCUGAGGGGCUAUAUGACAUCCCUCCAACUACUGUAAAGCCACCUUUAAAACUGAACUCAGUCCAUCCAGCAGGUGGGAUCAGUUCUCUGAAACAGUCUAUUUAUGAUGUCCCACCAACAGUGGUUAAUUCAGAGUUGGUUUCAAAAAAACAGUGUGUUUAUGAUAUUCCACCAACCCACCAACUGACCCCUCAGAAAGACAUCUAUGAUAUUCCCCGAGGUUUUCAAAACUUUGAUCGACCUACACCAGCAGUAGAGAAUGCAAUAUAUGAUGUUCCACCACAGGUUUCGCAAGAUGUGAAGGUGGUGCAGGAUGUGACUGAUGGAAUGAAUCGUUUGUCAUUCUCUAGCACAGGUAGUACACGGAGUAACAUGUCUACAUCUUCAACUACGUCGAAGGAGUCUUCUAUUUCAGCCUCACCACUGCCAGAGAAGAAGUUACUGCUAGACCUAGACUCUGCCUUUGAGAGACUGACUCAUCUGCAGCAUAAUGUGGAUACAUCAAUAAAGGAACUCGUGGCUUUUGUCAUUCCUAAUUGGCGAUCAUAUGAAGUAAUGGAGAAAAACCUCAAUGAAAUACAUGCCAGCGUUGACAAAGUAAAACACUCAUUAAUGGGAUUCCUUGGAUUUGCCCAGGGAGCCGUCGUGAAUGCGUCGCAUUUAUCAGAUAUCAGUCUUCACAACAAACUAAGAAAGCAGCUGCAGCGUUUGGAUGACUCUUACCAGAUCUUAGUCCAGACCAGCCAGGCGCUGGAUAACAAUAACUGGUCCUUGAACAUCUUGGUGGUAAACAGGUCUCAUAAUAAAUGCGAUGAUUUAGACCGUUUUGUUAUGGUGAUAAAGACUAUACCAGACGAUGUUAAGCAGUUAGCAUCUUCUAUAAGCGCAAAUGCAGAACAAUUAUUCAAACAAGGUGUUGGAACUACAAACCUAGAGACUGUGCAUGAAAUAAACCAGUUGACUGUUGGUGACAACAGUCUUACAAACUGUAAUCAGCCCCAAUCACAAGGAGAUAAGACACUGAUUCAGAUAAGACCUUUGCAUAGCCCACCACAGUUGGACCACCAAGAUCAUAUUAAAAGUAAAGAAACCAUAGAUAAAAGUUGGAUGGAAGACUAUGAUUAUGUCCAUUUGCAGGGGAAAGACGAAUUCGAGAGGCAACAAAGAGAACUCCUGGAAAAAGAAAAUAUUGUCAAGCAGAACAAAGUGCAACUGGAGCAACACCAAUUAAGCCAGUUUCAAGAACUGGAGAAAGAAGUCACAAAACCAGUGGAAAAUGACCUCUCAAACUGGAAAGCACCACAGCACAUUCCUCAAAAGAGCAGCAAUCUCAGUUCUCAAGAUAAGCAGCUUCUCUUCUUCUACUCUGAACAAUGUGAGACUCAUUUUGUAACACUUCUGAAUGCCAUUGACGCCUUCUUCAGUUCUAUCAGUGGUGGGCAGCCACCCAGAAUCUUUGUGGCUCAUAGCAAAUUCAUUAUCCUCAGUGCUCACAAACUUGUAUUUAUCGGGGACACGUUAUCAAGACAAGCUAUGGCCCAGGAUGUUCGGAAUAAAGUAUUAAACUAUAGUAAUCUGCUUUGUGAACUUCUUAAAAGUAUCGUCAUGGCAACCAAGACAGCUGCUUUACAAUAUCCCAGCAUAGCAGCAGUGCAGGAGAUGGUGGACAAGGUCACAGAACUAUCCUAUCAUUCUCAUCAGUUUAAAGUCCUGCUGCUGCACUUGGCGUCUUUAUGAAGAGACAUUAUUUUUAAAUUCUGAAUAAGUAAAGGUAUUCUUUAAAGAAACAAUAUAUUGUAUAAUAAGGACAUGCUCAUUGAAUGUUCUGUUUUUAUGUAGAAUGUUUUUUAUAUCUCUAUGUAUUUUUGCUAUAUUUCCCGUGCUCAAUGCUUCACUGAAACAAUUUGCAUUUUUCAGAUGCAUAUGAUGCUAGAGUAUCUAGAUUUUAAUGUUCCCUAAAGUACUCUGAAUCAUACUGUGCACCAAGUAUAAUCACACUUUGAGUAAUAAACUCAUUGUUAGCUAUUUACCAUUUAACACUGCACUGUGAAGCGCCUUUUGUAUCAUGUGCAUUUUUAGCAACUUCACAUUUCAGUAGCAGUCAAACCCAAAGUUGUGGCUUUGUUUAUAACUGUACAUAUUUAUUGCAGCAUUAAAUGAAUGAAUGCAGAGAAAAAAAACUAGCACUAAAAGAGAUUUUCUCCUGUACCAGAUGAAAGAGACAGUGGUUGUUAAUGAGGUUGUUAAUCAGAAGAAUGUUUUGACUCUUCUGUACUUCAGAAAUGACAGUGUUGGCCAUUCAUUAAACCAGUAGCAAUGUACAGGACUGGUUCCACAAUUCCGUUGAAUUCCCAGAGAGCACAUUGAAGAUGCACUGUGAUCAUUUUGUGCCAGUCAGAAUUGAUUGAAAGAAAAUCCAUGGCUGCAUAUCAGUCACAGGCUCCCUGUGAGUGCGACUCCCCACUGCCAACAUGAACUAUAGAACGAUCAAAUAUAUUUCUAAUUUACAUUUUCAUGCUGUCACCUGAGGAAUAUUUGGAAAUUUGGGUGUCUUGCCCACAUUUUUAUUAUCAUUAUAUCAGCAGAAGUGCAAACUGGAGAACUAUAUUGGCCUUGAGAAGCAACAUGAAAUCCCAAUCACUCUGCAUAAUGUUAUGAAGCAGAGAAAUCAUUUUUCUACUAAACCUUUGAAUUUUAGUUUGUAUAUUUUUAACUGGUACUGUACAUUUCUUUUUACUAUUUUAAUUAUCCUUGCCAUAUUCCCUUUAUUUAUUCUGCCCUUAACAUUGUCAGAUGAAACUGUAUUCACUACUUAGAGCACCCUACAAAUAUCUAUGCUAAUUAUCAAAUGAGUGAUGGUUCAAGGAUGUUGAACAGGAGUCAAUGAGUACAGUUUAACAAAGGUGUCCAAAAAUGCUGCCCCUAUACCCUCGAAGCCUAGGUGACACACUUCUAAUUUUAAAUUUCUUAUUUGCUGGUUUGUCCUAUUUGAAUGUUGUAGCCAGCAGUUUGGAAAGUACAGUUCUUAACAUUUUUUGAUUAAAUCUUAAAUCAGAGCAUAUGAUUUUUUAGGAUCAACAACUUUAUAAUUGCAAGUUAAGAUAAAUUAUAUUGAUGGACACCCAUAUGACCCACAGGACAAAGACUGGACACCACUACUCUCCUAAAUAGAGUAGUUUUCCAUGAUGGAAUCAUACAAAGACUAUACCACCUGUUGGCUCCAUAUUGAUAAUCUGAAUAUCAAUGGUCUUGUGCCCAUAAAUCUUCCCCACUGAUUGCAUACUUUAUUUGUCAUAUUAAUUGUCAGGAUGUGGACUGUCAUUUAUUGCCCAUCCCUAGUUACCCUUGGGAAGCUGGUGGUAAGUGCCUUCUUGAACCAUUACAAUCUGUAUGGUACUUCCACAACCCCAAAUCCAGAAUUUUGAAAAGUGAUACAUCUGAUGGCAGAUAUAAUCCAUUUGUUAUGAAAUGUGUUAUGUUGUUACAUUAAGGUGCAUAGUGUAAUGUGCAGGAAAUCUGUGUGUAGCUAACUACAUAUAGAAAAAAAGCCAUGUCAGAAUCCAAGUAGUGCCAUUUAUCAUCUGUCAUUAAGUUUGUAGAAUUUUGAUUUAUUCACAACAGAUUGCAUUGCUUUAUGAAUGAAAACAUGGUUCAUUCAUAUUUUUUAAGUCUUAUAAUUGUGUGGUUAUAUGACAACUGAAAUCCAUAAGGAGAACGUGCAGUAAGAAGGUAACGUUCAGACUCUGUUGUAAUCUAUGUCUAACAUUGCCGGAACUGGAAAUGUACUUUAAUUAAACUUUUCUGAAUGUUACAUAGAGCAUUCAGCCACGUUAUUCUGUAAAAAAAAAUUUAAAUAUAUCGACUGAAAAAAAUUAAAUGUUUUUGAUAUGGUUUUA